AUGACCUUUCGACUGGUGAAAGCUGAGGAGUGGGACUUCAUUUUUAACUUCAAGGAAUCAGUGCUUUCUGAUGAAAAGUCCUGGUCUGAAAAUCCAGAAGAAUGGAAGUUUCAAAAGACAAGACAAACCUGGCUUCUCUUGCACAUGUAUGAUAAAGAGAAGGUUCCAGACAAGUAUUUCACCAUUCUACUGGAUUAUCUGCAAGGCCUUCAAGGCGGUGCGCGAGACAUAACUGUGCAGAAAGCUGAAGCUUUUAUGAAGGAAUUUGAUGGUUCUGAUGCACAAGACCCAAACCUGCUGGAGAAGUGCGAGCGCAUACGACAAGUUCUGCAACUGCUGUCUUGA